AUGAAUCAUUCAUUCAUGACUAUGAUUGAUUAUGUGAUAACCAUCAGUAGUUGUAUAAUGCAUCCUGGCGCUUCAAAAGACAUGUCAUGGACACUAGAUGUUGAUCGUGGGAGACAAACAUGGAGAUAUGUAGAGAACCCAACAGAGCCAAACCCUGUUGAUGUUCAUCUUUUAUCUUUAAAGACUCCCGGAACAACAUGCCCAGAAGGUUGCAAUCUUAAACCAGCAACAUCACCACAAGAAGCAAUUAAAAAGUCGAUCGAUUAUUUCUCUCAAGUUCAAACCAAGGAUGGACAUUGGGCAGGUGAUUAUGGAGGACCUAUGUUUUUGCUCCCAGGUCUCGUCAUUACAUGUUAUGUUACUGGCUAUGCUCUCCCAGAACCACAUCAAAGAGAGAUCAUUAGAUACUUGUUUAAUAGACAAAAUCCAAAUGAUGGUGGAUGGGGAUUACAUAUUGAAGCACAUUCAGAUAUAUUUGGAACAGCAUUACAAUAUACAACAUUGAGAAUAUUGGGAGUACCAGCUGAUGAACCAAGAGUAGCAAAGGCACGUGCCUUUUUAUUGGCAAAUGGUGGAGCAUUGGGAAUCCCAUCGUGGGGCAAGUUUUGGUUGGCAGUACUCAACGUGUACAAGUGGGAGGGAUUGAACCCAAUCCCAAUCGAGUUGUGGUUGGUGCCAUACAAAUGGCCAGUGUGUCCAGGUCGUUGGUGGUGUCAUUGUCGUAUGGUGUAUCUUCCCAUGUCGUACUUGUACGCUAGAAAGACAACGUGUGUCGAGACGGAGCUCAUCAGAGAGUUGCGAAAGGAGUUGUACAAUGAGGCGUACGAGAGUAUUUCGUGGGCAGACCAACGCAACAAUGUGUCCAAGCUCGACAUGUACAAUCCACACACUACCCUACUCAAGACUGUCAAUAGCGCACUCUACCUCUACGAAAAGUAUCAUUCAACGUGGCUGCGUAACAAAGCCAUCGAUUUUACUUUUGAGCAUAUUCGCUAUGAAGACGAGCAGACCAACUACCUCGACGUGUCCCAAGUGCCCGAAGACGCCCCCGAGAUGGACAAAUACUACCGUCACAUCUCCAAAGGUGCCUGGCCAUUCUCUACAGUGGACCAUGGCUGGCCUAUCUCUGACUGCACGGCCGAAGGUGUCAAAGCAGCCCUUUCACUACGUUCGCUUCCUUUCAUCACACCCAUCUCGCUCGACCGAGUUGCCGAAGGAAUCAACGUCAUCCUCUCACUCCAAAACAAGGAUGGUGGUUGGGCAUCUUAUGAAAACACUCGUACCGGCCCUUGGAUCGAGAGCUUCAACCCAUCCGAGGUGUUCCACAACAUUAUGAUUGACUAUUCCUACGUCGAGUGCUCUGCCGCUUGCGUGCAGGCCAUGUGCAAGUUCCUCAAGUUUGCCCCCAGCCACCCCCGUCUCAAGGAGAUUAACCGUUCGAUUGAACGUGGCGUUCAAUUCAUCAAAUCUAUCCAACGUGCAGACGGUUCGUGGAUCGGCUCGUGGGGUAUCUGUUUCACCUAUGGCACUUGGUUUGGCAUCGAAGGUUUGGUUGCCGCCGGCGAACCACUCUCCAGUCCACACAUUGUCAAGGCUUGCAAGUUCCUCGUCUCCAAGCAACGUCCAGAUGGUGGUUGGGGUGAAUCCUUUAAAUCAAACGUCACCAAGGAAUACGUUCAACAUCCAGAUCAAUCUCAAAUCGUCAAUACUGGUUGGGCUCUAUUAUCUCUUAUGGCUGCUAAAUAUCCAGAUCGUGAACCAAUUGAAAGAGGUAUUAAAUUCUUACUUUCAAAACAAUAUCCAAAUGGUGAUUUCCCACAAGAAUCUAUUAUUGGUGUAUUCAAUUUCAAUUGUAUGAUCAGUUAUUCAAAUUACAAGAAUAUCUUCCCACUUUGGGCUUUGGGUAGAUACAAUAACAUUUUAUCAACAUUGACAGCUUUAGGAAAUGCUAUAACAACUGAUAGUGAAAAUGGAAAUACAGCUAGCGGAAGUGUUGGUUGUAAUGAAACUGGUUCUAGUUAUUUGGUUAGUGGUGACAUUCAAGCACAUAUAAGUAGAAAAGAUGUAUUUGAUAAUUUUGUAAAUCCAGAAGAUAUGCCAAGAUAUAAUUUCCAAAGAACCAAAGUAUCCAAAGAAUUUGAUUUAAAAAAUAGCGAUUAUGUUGAAUCCCUCAUAGUUUUGGGUUUACCAGGUCUUAUAUUAUCAAUUGCAUUUCUAUUCUUGGGUAUUAUUGCAUUAUUUUUAAGAAAUUGUAUACAUUGGGGAAAAAAAGAUCCAAGAUUAGAAAUACUUGAAGGAAAAGGGGAGGAUUUAAUUGAUACCAAUUCAAUGGCAGAAUUUGAACAUAGACCCAAAAGAUACAAGACACCAUUUUGCUUGAGACUAGUCAAGUUUUUGUUGUUUUUCAUCAUCUUGGUUACAUUGGCAGGUGUCAUUAUCGGGUUGACUAGUAAUGCACAAGUUUCCAAAGACAUUAAUGGUUUUUUCAUCAAGAUUGAGGAUACCUCAAAAUUGGCAAAGUCUGUUGUCAACACUAUACGUACCGGAUUGGCUGGAAAGACUGCCGAUGCAUCAUUGGUUCGAAAGAAUAUGAAUGCAAUUGGUGCAGCAGUUGAAAAGGCAUACCAAGACGCACACAAAGCACGUGUCAGUGAAUCCAACUUGAAUUCGUUGCGUGACACUAUCAUCACACUCAGCUAUAUUAUAGCAGUACUUGCAUCGGCGUGGGGUGUGUUUGCGUUGGUCAAUGGUAUGUCAUGGUCGUUUAUGUUUCUGUCCUAUAUGAGUCUGCUGGCCAUAUUUGUAAGCUAUUUGAGUUUGGGUAUCCAUCUGCCGCUGUCUGCAGCAUCGAGUGAUCUGUGCAACUCCAUGUCGAGAUACAUCGAGACUGGUGCAACUGCCCCGUGGAUGAAGACAUGGCUCGACUGCGACCCAAACAAUGAGGAGGUUACCUCUGCCGUCGCAUUUGCCGAAGCUGAAGCUACCAAGUUACUCGACAUCUUGAAUCGAUUCUCGUCAACCUAUAUGAACAAGACAUUCAACAUGAACAAUCUCGAUACCUAUGACUACCAACAAUUGCGAGCAUACAUUGCCGAUCCCAAAGACGACAUGAUCUUUAUCAACAAGUUUGAUCGUACCACUGGCAGACUCAUCCAGUCUGUUGGUAAACUACGAUCCAUUGCCACUUGUUCCUAUGUUAAAGAUACCAUUGUCUCUAUUGAACACUCUUAUUGUAGUGGUCUUGUAUCGAAUAUAAACAAGAUUAUAUUCUCAGAGAUUAUAGUUGGAUCUAUUUGGAUACUUGGUUUCAUCUUUGCAGUAGUGUAUAGUAAAAAGUUUGAACAAAAGGAUGAUGAUGAAGAAGAGGCAAAGAAAAAGGUUAUUGCUGAUGAAUCAUCACAACCUAUCGAAGGGUCGACUGAACACCUUUCAUAUGACGUAAUUGGUCCAUUCAUCAAGUAUUUAUUGAGCGUAUCUCUCUCUCAAACUCGGCCGCUUGCAGAUUAUAAUCAUUGCCCAAGUGGCAAAGGCAAUAGUGACCAGCUGGAUUCUUCUUCUUCCAGCCUCUCUCACUCACUCGUCUCUUUCGCUUUUGCCACUUGGGUAUUGAGAAUCUUCUUCUGA